AUGAUUAUCGCCGGGGCAGAAAUUCCUCGAGGUCCAAUGGUGAAGAGCAUAAAGGUCUCGAUCACUCGGGAAAAAAGAACCAGGGAUUACAUACCGGAGGGUUCCAUUUCCUUGAAUGAUGAAGAUGCGGAGGGCAUCAUUCAACCCCACAAUGCUGCUUUGGUAAUUUCUAUCCUCAAUAAUAAAUAUCAGGUUAAGCGUAUUUUGAUUGAUCCAUGUAGUUCGUCCAAUAUUAUCCGUUGGAAAGUGGUAGAGCAGCUGAGGCUGUUGGACCAAAUUGUGCUAGAAGCUCAAGUUCUCAACGGGUUCAACGUGGCGUGUGAAACUACGAAGGGGGAAAUCACUCUGCUGGUGAAUACCACCGGGACAGUUCGGCAAAUGAAGUUCUAUGUCAUUGAAGGACAAAUGAGAUACAAUGCAUUGCUUGGCAGACCAUGUGUGCAUGAUAUGAGGGAAGUACCCUCUAAGUUACACCAAAUGUUGAAGUUUCCAACCCCGAAGGGGGUAAAAACAGUUCAUGGAGAGCAGCCGGCGGCAAGAGAGAUGUUUGCAGUUGAGAAAGCACCUCUGAUACCAAAGGAACUAUCCUCAAAGGCCGUAGAAAAGCCAGUCAAAGGCACAAAUGUUGAAUAG